ACGCUCGAUGUUCCAGCGCCCUUCCCCCACCCUUGACCCUCGACGAAAGCACGAGUCCCUGGCUCGUCGAACAGCACAGGUCCCCCGACAUCCGAAACUGGUGCGGUGCCUCACGCAUCAGGCUGCGUCGGCACCGAUGGAAUGGCACGUGAGUCACGCACGCACCCACCGGGAACGGCACCAUCAACGGGCGCUGCAGUCAUCGCAUGAAGUGGUGCAGGUGAGACUGCCGCGGGACGAGGGGGGAGCGGAGCACGUGGUGCACGAGGAGAUGGCGCCAUCUGGGAGGGGGCGGCGGUGGAAGGAGGCAGUGGAACAGAGUCCUCGGGAAAACGAAGCGGUGGCCAUUGGAAAGAGGGAUGACCUAAAGGGAGACUCUGCAAGGCUUGCACGGCAGAAGCCAAAUGCGGCUCGUCGAGGGGGAAGUCCACACCUCACAGGGUUUCGGUUGCCAUCGCUUUGCGUAUUUCUGCGCCGCCGCACUGCCACUCUGGUCGACGCGGCGAAACGCUCAAGUGUGGUCGACGCGGCAAAACGAAGACUUCCGAUCGGCAGUUGCGCUCGCCACGUGGAGCCGCGCGGCGGUUCCGUACUUCAGCGGUGGUGGGCGGACGCUCCAACCGGGGCGGAACAUCGUUCGGCAGGGCUGUCCUCCUCACCUGGUUGCAGGCAUCUUCAAUCGUGGUGGCAGAGGUGCACGCAGGUGGGUGGGUGUGGACGUUGUUUUUCGUGUUGGAAGGGCGUCAUGGAGGGCUGCAAUGGCGAUGUCUGUGUUAUGCUGUCGUCGAGGGAGAAGACAGCUGUCGCGGCGGCUGCGGUUGCCGUUGUCCGUCGUUUCCAAUUGGAGAGGGCGGCCGGACGCAUGAAGGCAGCGCUUUCGAGGCGGCGGCAGAGGCUUCUGCUGCAGAGGGKGUUGGACGCCCCGGACUGCAUCUCCACUUCGGAGGCCGUGGUUCAGCUAUGCGUUGCAAUAGGGUGCGGUUUGCUUCCUCGGGCGACACCACGUUGGUGGAUGAGGCGGAGAACUGGCGGGACUUGGGAGGAUUUGCGGGUGUGCGAUGACGCUACAGACGACUACUUCCGUGAAAAGCUCCGCAUGUCCAGGAGAGUGUUCAUGGAGAUCAGCGAAGCCUGCGCGCCUCAUUUGCAACGACAGGUGACGUUUUACAGGGAACCACUUCAGUCGGAGCAGAUCGUCGUGUACACGCUCUAUAGGUGGGCUACAGGAGAGUCAUACGAGAACAACACAUCAUCCUUCGGCAUAGGUAGGACUUCCGGAGUUCGAGUCGUGCGCGAUGUGACAGGCGCUUUGUUGAGGGUGUACGGGGACAAGAUAUCGUGGCCGACUGGGSUGCGGAAACACGUCGUGCUACGGGCGUUUCUGGAGAAGGGCUUUCCCAACUGCCAUGGCGCAGUUGACUGCACACACAUCUACGUGGACAAACCGGCGAAUGCGCCGAGCGAGAACUACUUCGACCGCAAGCACCAUUUCUCCGUUAUUGCGCAGGUGGUGGUGGACCUAGAUCUGCGCGUGCUUGACGUGUUCGUUGGAUAUCCGGGGAGCUGCCACGACAUUAGGGUGAUCCAGCUGUCAAGUCUAUCGAGGCGAGCGGAAGAGGGACAAAUGUUUCAAGGGUCGCCUAUCACGCUGCCGGGAGAGGUGAAGACGAACGAAUACAUCUUGGGCGACAACGGGUAUCCUCCUUCUGAAUGGGUAGUGGUGCCAUAUGGAUGAAUCAAUCAGCACCCGGACGAGGAAAGGUUCGACACGAAACAGAAGGUCGCAAGAGGGGCUGUGGAGAGGGCGUUCGGGAGGUUGAAGGGGAUGUGGAGGCUCUUCCUUCGGACGCACAAGACCAACCUCGACACUCUACCGCAGCAGUUCACGGCAGUCUGCAUUCUCCACAACAUCCUGCUCGAGGCCGGUAUCGAGUUCGACGAGAAUUUGUUGUGGGAGGCCGACGAGAACGGGGUGAGGCGUCGCGUGGACCUGGGGAUUCAUCGUCCCCCGCAGCCAGUGAACAUGUUGACCUCGACGCACGCGGCUCACGCGCUCCGCAAUGCGCUGGCGGAGCGAAUGAAACACAUGUGAUCAU